UGUAGGGCCCUGGAGGAUACAGUGGCCAGUCGAUAUUUGACAACAAACAAGAAACAAGUUGUAACCUCUCAACAUUUUCGAGUAUUUUAUUUAUCGAAAUUGAAGCGAAGAAGAGCGUUGUUUAGUGGCAAAAAAGCAUGACAGGUCAGGAUAUCGUCAUGAAAGACCCAGAGAUUGAUCCUAAAAAUGUAAUUAAAAAUAGGGAGACACUCUAUCGCUUGAUGAUCAGUCAAUUAUUCUACGAUGGCCACCAGACCCUAGCUGUCCAGCUGUCAAACCUGAUCCAGGCAGAGCCCCCCUGUCCCCCCUCUGAUCGUCUCCUGCACCUGAUGCUACUGGGUACAGUCCACGAGCCAGACAGAUCGAAAAAAAAUGAGACAACAAACAACAACCACGCGCAGUCAUUCUCCAGCUUCGACAACUCCCUGGGGCCAGGCCUAGACCUGGAGUACGAGACUGAGACCCAGACACAGGCACCAGAGCCAGCCCAAUACGAGACAGCUUACGUGACAUCGCACAAGGGUAACUGCAGGGCUGGGGCAUUCUCAGCUGAUGGACAGCUGAUAGCUACAGGCUCAGUUGAUGCCUCCAUAAAGAUCCUGGAUGUCGACAGGAUGCUUGCUAAAUCAGCACCAGACGAAAUGGCACCUGGUGAUCAGGCUGGUGGUCAUCCUGUAAUCAGGACUCUGUACGAUCACCUGGAGGAGGUCACCUGCCUGGAAUUCCAUCCACGUGAGCCCAUCCUGGUGUCAGGGAGUCGAGACUUCAGUGUUAAGCUGUUUGAUUUCAGCAAGGCCAGUGUCAAGAAGGCCUUCAGGACCAUCACAGAUGCUGAUCAGAUCAGGUGUCUCUCGUUCCAUCCCACUGGGGAUUUUCUCAUCGUCGGGACUAAUCAUCCCGUAAUCAGGCUCUAUGACAUCAACACUGCGCAGUGUUUUGUCUGCAGUAUUCCUAAUCAUCAGCACACCGCUGGCAUCACCAGUGUCAAGUACUCACCCGAUGCCAAGACUUAUGCUUCUGCUGGAAAGGAUGGCAGUAUCAAGCUAUGGGAUGGUGUCUCCAAUAGGUGUAUCAAUACCUUCGUCAAGGCCCAUGACUCAUACGAAGUUUGCUCUGUUGCUUUUACACGGAAUGGAAAGUAUUUGCUUUCAUCUGGGAAAGAUUCAUUGAUCAAAUUGUGGGAAUUAUCCACGAGCAGAUGCUUGAUUGCUUAUACUGGAGCUGGAACCACUGGUAAACAGGAGCACAAGGCUCAGGCGAUAUUCAAUCAUACUGAGGAUUACGUCAUGUUCCCUGAUGAAGCCACAACGUCACUCUGUGCCUGGAACUCCAGGAAUGCCUCGAGGAAGCAAUUAUUGUCCCUGGGGCAUAAUGGACCUGUCCGAUUGAUCGUCCACUCGCCAACUGCUCCAGCUUUUCUCACCUGCAGUGAUGAUUUUCGGGCUAGAUUCUGGUACCGAAGAAUGCCAACGCACUGAUGACAUAAUUCCACAGAUAUUGUGAUAUUCAAAAAAUUUUCAUUCGUUUACAAUUUUUCAUGUACAAAAUAAAGAUCAAUAAUUCAAUCACUAAUUAAA